UCAUUAUUCAAAAGUAGGUCCUACUGUAGGAGCAAGGAGCAAGAGGCAACGCCACAUUGCCUCCUUAUACAGGCAUGCCCAGCUCAUGCAGAGCUGAGCCCUGAUGAAGUGGUGGUUGUGAAGAUGUGGCACAACUGAGCUGGACGGGGGCAGAUCCCUUUUGGAGACGAUGCAAGAGCAGGGGGGCCGCAAGCUUUCCCAGGAUGUUCGUGUGCUGGAGCUUUGUGCGGACUUGAUCACCGUUGGUGGGUCAACUUGCGCCACCGUCCUCGAGUCAGCGGCGUCAUACCUUGCAUGGGACCUUCUGGACCAGGCAGCGAUGCAAGCGGACGUCGUUCUGGACAUCUCUUGGGAGAAGCUCCACACUGGCCCCUGGAAAGAUGUCAACGUGGCCUGGCGGAAUGCAUACAGCUUGGCGGCAAUUCUGACUGUCCGGUCACAAAAGCUGAACCCAGACUCUGCCGCCAGGGCGAUGCGCGUCCUGGAUUUGGCAGUCAUGAUGGGGGGCCCGCUUUUUCGGCCAGAGAUAGACGCUCUGAUCAACCAGGUCCAAGCGUUAGCUGCCGAGCCUAGUCGUUCAGUAAACAACAAGCAUGUUACGAAAGAGUCAGGGUUGAGGUUCGAAGGUAGAUUCGCUGAAGACUGGACAAAGAACCCGAGUGGAGAAGCGCAGGAGGGGACGCCAGUUGGGCCAUCGAGUGCUGAGUAUACCAAAGCUAGUUCGGAACAGGAGGCCACUUUCCCAGAAGAUGGACUGUUUGACACGAAGAGAGUGAACAGAGUCAGGGAGCAGGGUGGACCUUCAGGGGUGGCGUUACCUGACGUCACGGAUGCAGAGGACGAACGGGAAAGGACGGACCACGACCGGCAAAGAAAGCGUGCGAAAGUCUCUUCCCGAAAGAUCCCCCUCCCACCGAACUCAAACCCGUGCUCAGAAUCCAUCCCCCGAAGGCAUGUGCCGUCGUUAGAAGCCUUCCUGUGCGAGCAUAUGCUGGCGGAACGGCCAGUCAUCGUCACAGGUGUAGUAACUCAAUGGCCGGCUUUUCGGAGGUGGGGGGAUCUGGCGUAUUUGAAAAGAGUGGCUGGGUUAAGGACGGUUCCGGUGGAGGUUGGGGAGACUUACGUGGCGGAGAAAUGGAGGCAGGAGCUUAUGACAAUGGGGAGGUUUAUUGAGAUGCAUAUGGAAGGAGGCGAGAGGCCGGAAGAGAGGGGCUACCUAGCGCAGCACCCACUGUUUGAACAGAUUCCGGAGCUUCGAAAGGAUAUCGUCACCCCAGACUACUGCAGCCUCGGGGGGGGCGAGAUGCAGUCGGUCAACGCCUGGUUCGGCCCCCCUGGGACGGUCACCCCGUUGCACUACGACCCCCAUCACAACCUCCUUGCCCAGGUGGUCGGUCGGAAGUACAUCCGCCUCUACGCUCCUUCGGCUUCCGAGUGCGUCUACCCCCAUACACAAGGCAUGCUUACGAACACGAGUCGAGUUAAUCUAGACCAAGUAGACAAGGGAGAGUUUCCACUUUUUGCCACGGCCCACUUCACGGAAUGCGUCCUUGAGGCUGGGGAGGUGUUGUACAUCCCGCCACGAUGGUGGCACUACGUCACAUCUCUGUCAAAGAGCUUUUCGGUGAGCUUUUGGUGGUCAGAGGGACAAGACUAAAGCGACCCAGGCCAGUUUGACCGGCCCACUGGUGAUACUAAAGAGUAUGCACCAUAACUGUGAUUUGUUCCGCCAUUGAGUCUAUAAAGAUUGCUUUCAUGGUGCACGCUCUGCGCUGCGCUGAUACCGUCG